GACCGGAAAGCGCAAAGGGGUGGAGGGGGCGGCCUUUGCCGAUGAAUCGGGACAGACAAAAACAGCAACACCAGAAAAAAGCCUUGCAGUCGGAUCCUGCCACCUAAGGGUAUAUUUUUACAGUCAGAGGCUACCCAAGAGGAAGGAGAUGCAGGCCCCCAAAGGACCUGGAAUUGGCAAGAGAGCAAGGAAAUGACCCCAUCCCAUGCAAGCAGGGAGUGAUGUUGAAUUCUGGGAAAGAGCUAUGCCAGAGAUCCUGGAUCAAGACACUAUGAACUCAGACGUACCCAGGCAAUGCUUUCGGCAGCUUCGUUACCAUGAAGCCGAUGGUCCCCGAAAGGUUUGCAGUCAGCUCCAUGGACUUUGCAUCCACUGGAUGAAACCAGAGAGAUUCACCAAGAAGCAAAUCGUAGACUUGGUAAUCCUGGAGCAGUUCCUGACCAUCCUGCCCCCAGAAAUGCAGUGCUGGGUCAGAGGAUGUGGGCCAGAAAACAGUUCCCAGGCGGUGGCCCUGGCCGAAGGUUUCCUUAUGAGUCAGGCAGAGGAAAAGAGGCAGGCAGAACAGAUAUGGAAACCAUCCCUGACAAUGAAAGUUAAAGUCUCUGAGGCAGAAGGAGCUCCUUCAGAGGAGUGGCAGAGGGCACAGGCCCAGGAGCAAGACCAAGAUUCCCUCUCGCAUGACAAUGGGGAGAUGUUGUCGAGCCAAAGAUUUGCCAGAGGUGUGGAAAUAGAAGCUGCAUCUUCAAUCCAGUGUCCAUUUUCCUUUGAGGAGGUGACUGUGUAUUUCACCCAGGCAGAGUGGGCAUUGCUGGAUCCUGGCCAAAGAGCUCUCCAUCGGGAAGUCAUGCUGAUGAACUAUGAGAAUGUGGCCUCUCUGGCAGAAGAUGUUGAGGAGAUGUUUGGGGAAUUCCAGGGGUUCUCAUUGGAAAGAGACAAGGAAGAAGAAUCCCAGUGUAACUUCGGGGAAGAGCAGAGAUCAGGAAGGAUGGAGCGAAGCCAUGGAGAGAAGAUGAGAGAAAAACCCCUUCCUUACCCACAAGAAGAUUUCCAUGGUGUAAUUCACAUGGUGGGGGAAACAUACAAAUGCUUGGACUGGGAGUUCAGUUUCUCAGAUCAAACACAAUAUGAUAUCAGUUUGCAAAAGGACUCUGGAAAGAAGGUGCACAAUUGCUUCCAUAUUGGAAAGAGCUUUCUUUGUGGAGUAGAGCUCAUCAGACACCAAAGACUCCAUCUUCAAAAGUAUUUAAAAACCCACACUGGGGAUAAACCUUUUGAGUGCUCAGAGUGCGGAAAGAAAUUUAGUCAGAGUGGCCAUCUUAAGCUGCAUCGAAGAACACACACAGGGGAGAAACCUUUUGAGUGUUCAGAGUGUGGAAAGAGAUUUAGUCAGAGUGGUAGUCUUCAACUACAUCAAAGAACCCACACAGGGGAGAAACCUUUUCAGUGCUCAGAUUGUGGAAAGAGGUUCUGUAGUAGUGGGCAACUUCAGCUGCAUCAAAGAACCCACACAGGGGAGAAACCAUUUGAGUGUUCAGAAUGUGGAAAGAGAUUUAGUCAGAGUUGCAGUCUUCAACUGCAUAAAAGAAUCCACACAAGAGAAAAACCUUUUGAAUGCUCAGAAUGUGGAAAGAGGUUCUGUAGUGGUGGACAACUUCAACAGCAUUUAAGAACCCACACUGGGGAGAAACCUUUUGGGUGCUCAGAGUGUGGAAAGUGGUUCAGUCAAAGAAGCCAUCUUCAACUGCAUCAAACAACUCACACAGGUGAGAAAUUUUUUCAGUGCUCAGUGUGCCCCAAGAGGUUCACUCGGAGCAGCCAUCUUCAACUACAUCAAAGAAUCCACACUGGGGAGAAACCAUUUGAGUGCUCAGAGUGUGGAAAGAGCUUCAGCAGUAGUGGAGGUCUUCAAAAGCAUUUAAGAACCCACACAGGAGAGAAACCUUUUGAGUGCUCUGAGUGUGGAAAGAGAUUUAUUCAGAGUUGUAAUCUUCAACUGCACAAAAGAACCCACACUAGAGAAAAACCUUUUGAAUGCUUAGAGUGUGGAAAGAGGUUCAACAGUAGUGGAGGACUUCAACAGCAUUUAAGAACCCACACUGGAGAGAAACCUUUUGGGUGCUCAGAGUGUGGAAAGUGGUUCAGUCACAGAUGCAAUCUUCAACUGCAUCAAAGAACCCACACAGGUGAGAAAUUUUUUCAAUGCUCAGAGUGUGCCAAGAGGUUCUCUCGGAGCAGUCAUCUUCAAGUGCAUCAAAGAACACACACAGGGGAGAAACCUUUUCAGUGCUCAGAGUGUGGAAAGGGGUUCAGCAGUAGUGGCGGUCUUCAAAAGCAUUUGAGAACCCACACUGGGGAGAAACCAUUUGAAUGCUCAGAGUGUGAAAAGAAGUUCAGCAGUAGUGGCGGUCUUCAAAAGCAUUUGAGAACCCACACAGGGGAGAAACCUUUUGAGUGCUCAGAGUGUGGAAAGAAAUUCAGUCACAGAUGCAGUCUUCAACUGCAUCAAAUAAUCCACACUGAGGAAAAACCUUUUCACUGCUCAGAGUGUGGAAAGAGAUUCAAGCAGAGUGGCAAUCUUCAAAAGCAUUUAAGAACCCACACUGGGGAGAAACCUUUUGAGUGCUCAGAGUGUGGAAAGAGAUUUAGUCACAGAUGCAAUCUUCAACUGCAUCAAAGAAUCCACACUGGGGAGAAACCUUUUCAGUGCACAAAGUGUGGAAAGAGAUUCAGUCGGAGUUGCAGUCUUCAGAAGCAUUUAGGAACUCACACCUGAGACAGAUUUUUUGAGUGCUCAGAGUGGAAAGCGAUUCAAGCAGACUGGCGAUCUUCAAAAGCAUUUAGGAACCCCUCACAGGGGAGAAAUCUUUUGAGUGGUAAUAGUGUUGAAAACAUUCAGUCUGAGUUGCAGUCCUAAACUGGAUCUACAAGCCCACAGAGGGUGAAACCUUUUCAGUGCUCAGAAUGUAGAAAGUGAUUAAAUCAUAGCCAUGAAACAACUCAGAAAAAUCUUUUUGAGUGUGUGAAGAGAUUUGUUCAGAAAUCCAGAGCACACAAGAGAAGAAACCCUUUAUCAUCAUAAUGACCAUUGCAGGCCAUUUAAGUACACAAGCCAUUUAAUUACAUGUGAUCUCCUUUGCUUUGCAUGCAUAUUCCCUUUGGGUUUCAUCUCAGGUAUGCACACAUUUUCCCCUCUUCAGCACUUUCCCCACUCUCGUAACAGAAUACCCAUGGUUUCUGAAAGCUCUUUAAGUGCCACCUUUUUUCUUCCUUCACGGUGAAAGUGAAGAUCACAGUGCAUUACCAUCUAUUCAGGUUUUAUCUUCCUGUCCUUUCCCUGCCCAUGCUAAAGUACUUUCACUCACUCUACUGGCCAAUAUUUCAGGGUGAUCAAAAGGUUUGGGAGGUCUCCCUGCUGACUU